CCCUUCCCCUCCUCCGUCCCACCCAAGCCAUGAACUUUGGCCGCGGCCCCGCGGUGGUGUUGAACGUCGGGGGCACCCGGUACUCGUUCUCCCGGGAGGUGCUGAAGGAUUUCCCCCUGCGGAGGGUGAGCCGCUUGCACGGCUGCCUCUCGGAGCAGGACGUGCUGGAGGUGUGCGACGACUACGACCGCGAGCGGAACGAGUACUUCUUCGACCGGCACUCGGAGGCCUUCGGCUUCAUCAUGCUCUACGUGCGGCACGGCCACCUGCGCUUCGUGCCGCACAUGUGCGAGCUCUCCUUUUACAACGAGAUGAUCUACUGGGGGCUGGAGGGCUCCCACCUCGACUACUGCUGCCAGCGCCGCCUCGACGACCGCAUGUCCGAGACCUUCUACUACGCGGCGGAGGAGCCGCCGGGGGAGCAGAGCCGCGGCUCCGAGGGCAAGGGCCGGCGGCCGCCGGGCGCUGAGGGCAGGAAGUGGCUGGAGAGGAUGCGGAGGACUUUCGAGGAGCCCACGUCCUCCGUGGCCGCCCAGGUCCUGGCCACCGUCUCCAUCCUCUUCGUCAUCGUGUCCAUGGUGGUGCUGUGCGCCAGCACCCUGCCCGAGUGGCGGGCGCCGGAGAACCGCAGCAUGGAGGAGCAGAGCAGGUACACAGCAGAGUCAGUGAGGGAGCCCUCAGGGAUAAUCGAAGCUAUCUGCAUAGGCUGGUUCACUGCAGAGUGCAUCGUGAGGUUCAUCGUCUCGAAAAACAAGUGUGAGUUUGUCAGAAGACCUCUCAACAUCAUCGAUUUACUGGCGAUUACUCCUUACUACAUCUCUGUCCUAAUGACAGUUUUCACAGGGGAGAACUCGCAGCUCCAGAGGGCUGGAGUCACCUUGAGGGUCUUAAGAAUGAUGAGGAUUUUUUGGGUGAUUAAACUGGCUCGUCAUUUCAUUGGCCUUCAAACGCUUGGUCUGACUCUAAAGCGUUGUUACAGAGAGAUGGUGAUGCUCCUUGUCUUUAUCUGUGUUGCUAUGGCAAUUUUCAGUGCACUCUCCCAGCUUCUUGAAAACGGGCUGGACUUGGGAACAAAGAAUAAGGAUUAUGCCAGCAUCCCUGCUGCUUGUUGGUGGGUGAUCAUCUCGAUGACCACAGUGGGUUAUGGUGACAUGUGUCCCAUCACCGUCCCAGGAAGGAUUCUUGGAGGAAUUUGUGUGGUCAGUGGCAUCGUGUUAUUAGCCUUGCCAAUCACUUUCAUCUAUCACAGCUUUGUGCAGUGUUACCAUGAGCUCAAGUUCCGAUCUGCUAGGUACAGUAGAAGUCUCUCUGCUGAAUUCUUAAACUGACCCUACUUGCAUUCUGUUGUAGUUACUUGCUAAGCUUUGUCUUAGAAGAGAAUGGUGGAAGGUCCUUUCGCGUGUCCUCCUUGACUGGAUGGUCCCAUGGAACAACACUCUCGCCAGCCUGGAGAAAGCCCGUCACCAUUCAGACAGGAAGGAUGGCCAUCUGCCUUGGGCAUCUCGCAGGGACAGGGAGCGAGGCUUCAAAUUUGAGCGAACAAAAUUAACACGAGAGGAUUCAGAAGUCCUCAGCCAGACCAGCUUGGUUUUCAGUUCGCCUUUCCACGGCAAAAAAUGGGCUUAACACUGAGCUCUGUCAUUCCCAUAAUUACAUCCAUUCUAAGCAAUGUGUAGCAGAAGUUUAACAAAGAUUUCAAUACCUAAAUGCUCUAUAGAGGCAUUGAUAACUUCUUGCCUGAUGUAUCUCCACUUUCGACUCAGAUAACCAAACUAGAUACUGAAGGAGAAUCACUGCUACUUUUGAGCUUCAUCACAGAUUAGAGCUAGUUCUGUAACUCAGGAAAGAUGAAUAAUACGUGACUGGAGGGCAGCGAAUCUUGAGGCCUGAUUCUGAUCUUUGGUGAAGCACCCAAAUCUUCUGUAAAACCAGUGAAGUCAGUGGCAUUUGCUUGAAUCUGAUAAUUCAAAGUGCAAAAUGUGCACCUCUGAAUCACAGGAAGGUUUGGGUUGGAAGUGACCUUAAAGAUCAUCUAGUUCCAAUCCCACUAGACCAGGUUGCUCAGUUAGCCACAAUUCAUUCCUUCUCCAGAAGCAAAUGGUUAGUGGAAGCAAGUGUUGUACUUUACAAAGAUCAGCAUAAAAAAAUCUAGCAUUGAUAAAAUACAUUUUCUGGUAGCUUAGUGGGGGAGCUAUCCAUAUCUUGGGUACAUUCAGUUCAGCUCCAUCCAUCUGAAGUCACAUACUCAUAAACAUAGAUUCCCCCCAUUUAAUUAAACAUAUACAUCUUAGUGAAGGUUCCAUCACUUGCAACAGUCUGGAGAAAGCACUGGUAAACAAGAGUAGCUGUGCCCUUUCAGAUGAGACUGUUCAUCAUCUUUAAAUCCUGCACUCCUUACUGAAGGAUACACUUUAAUGGUAGUUUAACUGUAAAGAGCCCGGAGCAUACCAAAGAAAGUGAACUACAGAAGUGUGAGUUGCACUUGGCAAAAUGGUAUAUUCUCCAAUGUAACUAGGAAAUGAAUCAAAUUAGGUUCUGAAAUACUGUUCACUACAUUUCUUGUGUAGUACUGACCUAAUAGCAUCAGUCAGUACAAAUCUGAAAGGCUGCUACAUAAAAAUGUGCAGGUAGAUACUAAAACACAUUAAGGUACAGCUUUACACAUUUGGUUACUGAUAAACAUCAAAAGGGAGCUUUCUUAUUAACAUAGAAGUUGAGAGUCAUCGGCAUAGUUGAAUUUGGUGUGCUUGCCUGAAAAUACUGCAUUUACUAUUACUGUGAUGUAGAACCAUCUUUUGCAUACGUAUUUGUCAAAAGCUUAGAAGCAAAAUGAGUACCACCUAGAAAACACACAUCUGGAUUGCUCAUUCAGAGAGAAGUACCCCAUUGGUCAAUAGCCAGUACAUUGCAGGCUCUACCUCGAGGCCUGCAAAAUCCAUUCUCAUUUUAGGUGGUCUAAAGUAGUCUUAAAGAAUGACACUGCAAACACAGUUUGUCUGAAGACCUGAAAAGGAUUUUAGUCGCCUUCUUACAGACUUUUCCUUCAGCAGCAUUUCAAGACUAUAUUAUUAAGUAACAUUACAGCCGUCCCUGGGUUUCUUGUCACGUUCUGGUGUUCAGGUUAGCUCUGUAGUUCUGUCUACUACUAUAUUUAUGCUUUUUGUAUCAGAGUCACAUCAUUCAGAAACCGGCUCCAGCAUUCCACAGAGAGGUGAAUAUGAGAUCAGCAAAAACAUCUUUCUUAGGUGAGAUUCACAGCUGAUGUUAGUUAGGGAAGGUGUGACUUCCGAGACAGGGAGAUGUUUUACACCAGUGGAGAUGCUUGCUCUGUAUUCCUGCAUGUGUACUUAUAUAUAUCCUGCAUAUAUUAUAUAUUAUAGUCAGUGGAAAUGCUGGGGUUUUUUUUCUCCUUACAAAAAAUGUCGUCCUUGACAAAAUUGAGAUUUCAGACUUUAAUCUGAGCACAGCUGGUGAAGAAAAUGACAUUUUCAUCUUCUAAUGAGAAGUUUGACAGUAUCAAAACCAUUUUCAAGAAGAAAAGUGCUAUUUUUGUUUGGGGUUUCUGCUCCAAUUUCUUUUUCUUGUUUUUUCCCCCAUUAAAAACCCAACCACAUAAGAACUCAACCCUACAGAUUCAUAAUGCUUUGGAAAAUACUGGGUUUCAUAAAAACUCACUUUGUCUUUUGUCCGUAUAUUGUAUUUAACCAAACCAGUACUCUGAGAUACAACCCUCCUCCCACAGAACGCCCAAACCAUCGUCACGAUGACAAUAGCUUGAAAUCCAUACAGAAUGUGAAUAUAAAGUGUGUUGCAGUCUUGAUUUCAAGACAAAAUAAAACGCAUUUCAGCACUGCCUAUAAAUCUAAUCUUUUGAUGCCUGUACAAAGGAAAAAAUAGAACUUACUGCACAUAAUAACUUGAGAAUACCAAGUUGUACCGUGAAUCAUUUUGUGUAAGCAAUUAAGGACAGGAUGUUUUCAAAGAUCCAGGCUAUAUGUGGGAUACAAACAAAAUGUCUGAUCCUUUAUAAAGUGUUUUCCAGCUAAACAAUCUUUUCCUAGCGUAAAAAGAUUAUCUAAUGAAAAUAAUUGUGCAAAGGAAGAAGCCUGUGGACAUUAAGUCUUACUUCUUUAACUGCUUAUGUUCACUUUUUAUAUGGCAAAAUGUGAGCAGAAUGAGCUAAUGUAUUCUUUAUUUUGAAUUAAAGGAUUUUGCUCUAUAGAAGCCCAUUAAGAAGAGGUACUGGGGUGGGGGUUUUCUUUAUUUGUUUGUUAUUGUUGUAUGGUUAUCAGUGUGUAGACUUUAGUUUCCUUAGAAACCAAGUUGAAGGAAUGUUAUCUCAAUGGUAGCCUUAAACCAGAACUUGAUAGGGUAAAUAGGGUUCCUGACUUCUAGUAAUAUAGAUCCUCUUAUUUCCAAUAGAUCAGUAGUUUUUUAGUGAAACCAAGAAGAAAUGAAGGACAUGUAGUCAAAAUAAAGCAUGCUUUUAAGCAGAUGGAACUGUUCUACUAGAACUUGAGCCCGUGUUUUAUGCAGACACAGGGUGUAAUGCUCCAAUUCAAAAUACAGCAUUUCAAAGCCACCCAAAGACAAGCUGGCUCAUUCCUAAUAAUUGCCAUUUGAACCCUAUACAGUAAAAUACUUCAUGGCCAGUACCUCUUUUAAUAUCUGAAACAUUCAGAGUUGGAUCAAGAUAGAUGCAAUACAAAGGUAAUAAAACUGGGGAUACAUGAAGAGAGCUUCUGUGACCCAGACUUCCUGUUCAGCUAAAAGUAAACCCCAUUCUAACAGUUUUUUGAACUGCCAUUGUAUGUUUUGAUGACCACAGAGGUUAAUCAUACAUUAUAUCCUAGGGUCAGUCCUUGGGACUGACCUGUUCAGAGCUAUGUAUUUGGCUGCAAUCCCUCAAGGUACCGUGUGCCAUUUAAAAGCAUUGGAUCGCUAAUGAAAUCACUGGAAUGGAAAAGCUGUCUGGGUGCAUUUUCCCUCUACAGUGCUGCAUGAAGCAGCAUCCCACAAAUCACAAAGAAUGGAAGAAUAUAAUCUCCCUUGAUGUAAGACUUGGAAACAAUAUUGUCUUGAUUAAUACUCAUCAAAAGGAAAAAAAGAUCAAUUUGGGUCAUUUUAAACCGUUUUAUCAGCAUUGGGAUCAACCAUUUAGGUGUGAUACUUAUUCUUACUGCACAGUGGCUUACCCUGUUGUACAUGGCAGCAAGUUUGACAAAGAUAAAAGCCCGUAUUCAAAGGGAGAGGGACUGGCUUCUCACAUCCUGUAUGCAGUUUGUCCCCAUGAAGGAAUCGUUCUUUGGCUUUUGUAGCAUUCAACCCUCAUGUUUUCAAAAUAAGCCUGAAGCCCUCAUGGGUCCCAAGCACUUGUCUCUUCCCCUCUGGGUAACAAGUACAGCAACGUUCCCAGCUCUGAACGCCUGCCAGAAGCCACCUAAGAGCUUGAGGGUAAACCCACUGAUUAAAGUUUGAUCACUUGAAGCACCUUGAACAUGUUAGAAUUAGCCUUUCAAAUGAGCUUCUAAGGAAGGAGGUGUUUGCUGGAGAAUGAAAGAAGCCGUGCAUAGCAAACAGGAUUAGAUCACCUUAUCCCCAAAAAAUAAUUCUGAUCCUAAAUAAAAGGAAACAGACUCUCAUUUUCUGGUAUGUUUUGUAAAAGCAAACAUGGAGGUCAGGGUACAUGAUGCUAGUUAAACCUGCUACAUAAACCAGAUCCCCAUUUAAAUAAGGAGGCUUAGCAGGAAAGGUCUCCCAGCUUUGCUAAGCUCCCACAGUUUACGCUAGCUGAAGAGCUGCCCCAGCCCAUAUGGAAGGAACAACAAAACACUGGUGUAUAAUCAAAAGCUAUUAUGAUGUAUUGCCUGUGAAAUGCAGCACAGCGUAGGGGGUAUCUUUUGCAGAUGACAGGAGAGGUUAAGCAUCAAGAAGGCUCACAGUGAGCAACCAAGACUGACAAUCUGCUUGACAAGGAAUUGUCAGAGCCACAAAAGAAUUUAAAUCUUUGGUCAAAUUAACAAAGUCUGAAUGUUUGCAGCUCUACAUUUUAGACUCCUUUAUUCUUUACAAAUGCAAAGGUUUAUAAUUUUAUAGAAUAUUAAUUUUAUAUAUUGUUUGCUUCUUUGUAAAGAAAAAUGAAUACUAGGAUUUGCAAAGAUAAUAAGUGUGGGUUUUCUUUUGAUGUGCAAACAGAAUUAGAUGCGUAAAAUCCCAUAAUAAAAUUUGCUGGUCUUGUUGCUGUAUUUCAUGGAUUAGUAGUGGUCAAAACAUAAAUGUGUUCUUUGUAAC